AUGCGCUCCAUCGUGCUUGUCGCGCUCUCGACGCUCGGCGUCGCGGUCGCCCAGUCCUCGAGAGGCAACUUUACCAUUGACCCUGCGAGCGUUGAGCCGAGGACGAGGGCCGAGUGGUGCAACGCCCAGUACAACUCGUGCCGUACUCUCUGCGGUGGCCGUCCCAAGUCUAACGAUUGCGACACGGAGACGCUCGAAUACGACUGCACGUGCUCCAACGGCACGGCCCCCGGCCUCGAAUACUACAUCCAGACCAUGCCCACGUUCAUCUGCGAGCAAGCGUAUACGGACUGCAUUGCCGCCAACACGGGCAGCUCGAAGGCUCAGGAUGAUUGCAAGACCAACAUCAAGGAGAAGUGCGGCACCCUGGAUCCGAAUAAGGCUCAGGUCGAUAGUGGCGACGGCACGGGCAGCUCCAGCAGCGCCUCUUCCACUGCCUCCGCGACCGGUCCGGCUUCUUCGGCCGCUGUCAGCUCCUCGACCUCGGCCGGCGGCGCUGCCCCGACUGGUGCCUUCCUCCUUGGCAACGGCAUUGCUGUCGCCGCUGCCGGUGUCUUUGCUGCCAUGCUCUAG